UCUCGUUGCUCGGUUUUAUAAUUUUUAAUUUUCUAUCACUCAAAUAUAAUUUGAUUUUAUAAUUUGGAACGAUGUUUAUCUGUACGCUUGUAUGUGUUGUCUUUUUGAAACUCCUUAACUAUCCGUGUAUUUAAUUUAAAAUACUAAAUAAAGGAAAUGCUGAAGCAAAUGUAAAGAAAAUUAGCACCAAAUGUGCUAGCAAUAAUCCCAAGUGUGUUGCACAGUCAAAUAUUGACAGCUGUCACCUGUCGCAAAGUCUGCGAAAUUGUCGGUGUCGCAGCUGCCAUCAGCGUCGUCGCCAAACAUCACCAAUAAUCUCACCUCCUUUGGCUCAGGCAACAAUUCGCAGUUGUUGCAUGUUUUGCCGGCAACGCUAGUAAUCACUCAAACGUUCGUCAUCGUCAGCGACCAGUGAGACCCCCUCGACGUACAGUGGCCAGCCAGCUGGGAAACAGUGCCGCACUUUCAAUGUGUCCCUCUUGCCUCCCUCUUUCCGUUGUAACAUUGCCUGCUUAAGUGUCGGUUCGUUGUCGUGUCUCGCUGUACACAAUUCGUUGUGCUUCAUUUUGCGUUGCAGUUGCAGUUGUUGAAUUUAUUCCACAACAUAUAAAUUACAUAAAAACUUAAAACGAAUUAACAAAAAAAAAACAACUUACAACGACUACGCGAAUAAAUUCAUUAUAAUUCGUCAACAUCAUCAAGUGAACAACAAAAAAGUUAAUUACUGUGUUCGCAAACUUCGCAUUGCGUACAUCCAGCCCUUUAUCGUUGUCGGUUAGUUUGUUGUUACUGCUGCACUCGACGAGGCGCCGAGCCACAGUCAGAGGCCACAAUUGGUUAGUUGGUUGGUUGCUUUUAGGCUCUUAUCAGCAAAACGAAGGUCGCAAUGAAGUGAAUAUCAAAUUCAAAUGGAAAUUAGCAACCAAAAGUGAUAUUGUGUGAAUAAUUAAUGCAGAAAGGUACGCUAAAUUGUGAAAGUGUUGAGUGGUGAACGAUAAGAAGGAAUUUUGUUUAAAGAAAAUUGGUCACAAGUGUGAAUAAAUACAUUCUGAUAAAUAUACGCGAUAAAUACAAGUAUUCAUUUUGUAUAUCGGAAUAUAGAAUUAAAAUUUAAAUUAAAUUUAAAGUACGUGUUAAUAAAUGAGAAAUAGUUACUUUGAAAAUUGUGGCUGAUGCAGUAAAGCAAUAAUUCAUGCCAAUUUGAUGGAUAUGUGCACGUACUUCGGAUAAGAGCGUCGAAAAUCUAAAGAGUCUAUCCCCAAACGAGUGUUGGGCCACUGCACUCGCCGCCAACAGCAAGCAGCAAGCAGCGAGCAGCAACAGCAACAACAGCAGGAGACAUGUUGUCCGCUGAAACUCCACAAAGGCGCAAGUGUUUUUUCGGGCUUCAAAGCAUAGCGAGCAAGAAAUUCGAGCAGCCAGCCGCAAAGUGAAGGGAACGGAGCGCGUGCACAAAUAAAGUCGCAGUCAAAAUAAAAAUUCUCGUAGCAAAAAGAAAGAAGAAAUAAUCAUAAGCAAAUAAAUCGAAUGGAUCGCCUGCAGUUGGAGUUAGUGUAAACAAAACGCAAACUUCAACUUCACAGCUGGUUAUUGCUGAAUUUGAUAUUGUGAUAUUGGGAGCAGCAGCGCAUUUCGUGCGUGCGUGAGUGCGCGUGUACUCGGAAAUUUGCUUACUCCCUUGCAGGCAGUCACCGGCGGCGUGUGGGCUGUGUGGCCGCCAUCGUGAGCUACACACAGACGAACCACAUAAGAAUUUUGACUGCGCCGGCAAAGACGGCGUUAAUGAUGCAAAAGCAUAUAAAAUUCAACCAUAGUAAUUUGUACUUGAAAAUCGCGCGAGUGAAAUCCGUGAAAUUGAAUUCGUGCCUAUCAGGCAAAAGAUGCUGAGCAGAGAACGCGCGAAGAUCGAAAUCGUCUACUAGUUCUCUGUUGCAAACGUAUACAUACAUGUGCGUGUGUAUUGUGUAUGAAAGUAGGUGCUUGGUAAAAUCUAACUUAUUACACUGGCAGUUUUUGAAGCGCAUUGAAAUUGUUUCGUGAUUCGCUUUGUGAUUAUGUGCAGCGGGAAGAGCAGCAGCACCAAUAACAACAACAACAACAAAAGCAAUACUACUAGUAAUUACAUAGAACAGCUGCCCUGCGUGCUGUUGCCCAUUAGCCGUGGCGGGGUUUUAGAAGAAAACUAAUUUUUUCACUAAUCGAUCUCGCGCUCGUAGUCACAAAAAACGAAAUUAGCUAAAUUGAGAGAAUUGAAUUGGUAGCAGCGCAUAAUUGGCUAAAACGGCCGACCGACCGGAAAAUCAUCAAGAAGUCAUCGAGUUAAUAACAGCGAAAGCAGCAAUGUUGGCCGGCAUAAGGAAGCGUUUGGCGCGCAAAACGCUAGAUAUUAAAGAAGAAGAUGACGACAAGGACGACAUACAGGCGUUUUCGCCACCAACGAAUUAUAUUACAAUAUCUCAAGGGAAAAUCCAGCUAGUACACCAACAACACUCACAGGAAAGUGAUGUUUCCGAUGCGCAAAGUCGAAAAGAUCGGGAGGUACUGGAAAAUCGGAUUAUCGAGCUCGAAGAAGCGCUUUCCCGUUUGCAGGAAAGGGUUAAUAAUAGUCAUUGCGUGUCACCGACGUUUGAGAAGGAGCUGCGUGAGCAAUUGGAUAACAUGAAUCGUGUGAUAAAAUCGAAAGAGCGAAAGCAAAAGCAAACUUGUCCGGGACACAAAACGUUGCAGACCCGCAUCACCCACCAAGAAACACUUUUACGUUCCAUGCAACAGGAAAAUUACACACUGAAACGCAGCAUACGUCACUACGAACGCUGUCUAGACGAUGUCAUGCGCAAGGUAGUGGAUGCCAUUGUUGCUGAAGACAUACUCCGCGAAGAGGUCACCAUGCUUAAGAAUCGAGUACGCGAUUUGGAAGCGCAAAAUGCAGCGCUUUCGGCUAGUCCCGCCAAAGGGCGUGACGAAGGCUACUGUACCAUGAGCAGUGGGCAACCACAGCCGUCGAAUGGGCAUCUGGAAGAUUUACCCGAAGAGCCGGAGCAGUGGUUGUUGCCGGCGGAACCAUGUUCGACUGAAAUGGAAGACUGGAGCAUGUCACAAGAGGAGCUGCCCGUCGUCACGCUGGAUGAUGAGCACCAACAUUUGCGUGGUGCACGCUUGACGACAAACCUUUCUAGGCAAAAUGGCGAAAAUGACUGGAUAUGGAAUUCGAAUGAUUUCCUAACAUCGACUACAGCGGAAACGGAUUCUGAGUCGGAAGCGAUCUCACAAUUGCUGCAACAAAAGAUCGUUUACUCCGAGGAUGAAGAUAUUGCACGCACUGAGUUCACCAACGAAUUCUACAAGUUAGUGGAUAUACGUUCUGCCUCGGCGCGUAGUCUCUUCUCCUACAUCGAAGGCGAAACAGACGAUGAGGAUGACGAUGAUGAAGACGCAGUGUCUAGUCUUUCUGAUCGACGCGUGCGUCUACGUUGCAAGCCAGCGUUGAAUGGCAACCGACUGAAAGCGCCCAGCCCGACGCCAAGCGAAGCGGGACGCGCGCAAGUGACCAGCUGCUCAUCCAGCGAAUCAGACGAACACUCGCGUUGUACGACAACGCAACACGAACUGAACGGCAGCAUCGUCGAAGACAGCAUUGAAGAAGAAGAGGAGAUGGACACACAAUUGUGUGGCAAUGAAAGCAGUGAUAUCGAAAUCGAAGACAUACAACUAGAACCCGAGGCGUUGCAAAAGCUGAACGAACAAGAAUGCAUUGAAGCGAUAAUACGCACGGAACUGCGAAGACCUGUCGCUGCUGGACCAGCGCAUCUAAUGGUCAAAUCCAAAUCGAUGAUGCACAAAACGGAAAACGAACUCAACAAUCUCAAUGGAUUGCUACGAAACGGUGUAACCGUAAACGGCAACGACGGUAGACCGCCGCGUGUGGUGCGGAGCGAGAGCGUUAAUGGCGCCAUAGUUGGCGGCAGUGGCAGCAGCAGUGGCAGUAGCGGUGUAAGUCGUGGUUCUGCAAGUGCGCACAAGCUGCAAGAACGACUGCAGCAACGACCGGCUAACUCGUGGCGCAAAAGCAGCGGUUGGAAGCGCGUCACAACGCCGGCUAGCUCGCCCACAGCGCCGUUAUCACCGAAAAAGGAAAUGAAAACGGAGAUUGUGCGCAGCUGUGUAAGCGCGACGCCAAAAAUACCGCCAACGCGUAUACCAACUAGCGUACAACAGCAAUCGCCGCCGUCGCCAAAGCAACACCAAAGUGGACCAAUACAUUUUGGCGAAACGCAACAGCAGCAAUCGCAACAACAACAGCAACCAAUACGAAAAUCGAAAAUUCCUCCGCCAGUUCCCGUGCGACGUUCUUAUGCGAGCUAAAAUUAAAAUACAAAUAUAAAUACAAAAACAAAUAUAAAAAAACAAAACUACAUUCAGUUAAUAAAAUUAAGUAUUGAUAAUGUUAUAAAACGAUAUGCACCGUUACGGUUGAAGCGAAUCCCAAAAGUUAAUUAAUUUAAGCAAAUUUAUGAAAAAAGACUUAUAUGUGAUAUUUGAGCGAAGAAAAAGUAUGCAAACGUAGAUGUAGAAACCAAGCACGAAAUAAGAGAAAUCACGAGCAAAUUGCUGAAUAAAAUUGUGGAAGAAACACAAACGUAACACCAAAAUAGAAACUGCCUACUCUACAAAAACAAAAAUAGAAAUAAAAUGAAAGAAAAAAAAAAAAAAUUACUAAUCUAUUGGCGCAAAAAAUGAGGAUUAAUUUUGCAAAUUUUUUUUUAUUUAAAUAUAUACAUAAAUAUUAGCCAGUAAAAAAUUAAUUGAAAAUCGUAAAAUGUAAAUUCACACUGCCUACUUACUCGUAUUGUCUAUACUAAUAUUUAUGAAUAAAGUUUUGUAGUGUGGCAAGCAAAUUUACAUUUGAUAUACAUAUAUACAUAGACACAUACAUACACAUAAUGUAUGUAUGUAAUUAAAAUGAGUGAUUUCUACUAUUUUCACCACACUCCCACUACCGAAGGGGAGUGCUCACAUUUGGUUGCAGAAUAGCGAAAGCCAACCGAGUAACAGACACUUCCAUCUCAUAUAAGUGUACUCAUCAGUUUAUUCCGGAUUCAUCCGUUAUAUGCUGGAAUAUAUGUAAGAUAGUAUGUCGAGAGGAAGCGGCUCGUUGGUAAGUUUCGAAGCGAAAUUACUAAUUAGUAGACAUUGUAGAUAUAUAAUAAUUUGGUAAGGUGGAAACACACAGAAACAGUUUUGUAUAAUAUUUAUAAGCAAAUGUAAAUUUAUUAAAAUUUGUGUACUGUUAUACAUUAAUGUACAUAUGUAUGUACAUAUUAUCGAGUGUUACAUUUCAAAAUGCUUGUUAAUAUUUGUUAAUUCUAAGAAAUUCAUAAAUCCAGGGUACAUAUUUUCGAGAAAAUUAUUUAUUAAUAAAAAGAAAAUUACUGAAACAAAUGGAACAACUAACAGUUUUUGGACUCAAACGAAACUUCACUUAGAUAUUGUAUUUUUUUGUGAAAAUAGUUAAUCCCUGCAUGAAUGAGUCAACCCAAACUUUAAUAGUUAAACUUCGAAAAAGAACUUUUCAUGCUAAAAAAAUUGAAUAUCAAUGAGUACACUUAUUUAUUUAUUUA